UACCGAUUGACUCGAUUCUAGGGAUCUUUCUAGCAAAUUUAGUUACGUUUCUUUCUAGUUUUCCUUUUCCGGGCGAGCGUUGUUUGUGCCUGCAAACAGAAAAUACCUUAAAAGAUGGCCAAGUCGAAGAAUCACACAAAUCACAACCAGAGCAGGAAAGCUCAUCGCAAUGGAAUCAAGAAGCCAAAGCGUAACCUGCACGAAUCGACCUUAGGUAUGGACCUGAAGUUUUUGCGUAAUCAGCGAUUCGCAAAGAAACACAACCUCAAGCCCAAGGCACAGCUGAAGAGGGCAGCAGAGCGUCAGGCUGCCAAAGAAUCUAAGAAAUAGAUUUAUUGUAAUGACUUAAUUUUAUUAUAAUAAAAACAAAAAAUCAUU